GCCCUACUUCAAUUUCUAGUUGUUAGUGAUUUCAUUGGGUGGAGAAUCAAUAUUGGUUGAUAUUUGUUAAUAGUAUAAUUUAAUAUGUUCUUGUAUGGUGAACAUUUAUUUAAUAUUCCAAAGAGUCUUGGCAUGUGGAACGUGAACAUUUUCCAGAUGCUGUUCCUGUGAUUUUCUUAAUUGGCCUCAGAUUAGCACAUACCUUUAAGUUUCAAAGUUGUUUUCUCCACUCUUUAGUUAUUUCUUUAAUACUGACAAUUUUUUGUUAAAUUUUUUGUUGCAAUUAUCGUUGCCUAACAAUUAUUUGACAUAAAUGUUUGUAAUCUAUACAGAUACAAAAGAAAUUUCUUGUCUUUUCUUAAUUUAUCUGCAUCUAAUAUCCCCUGAGAAUGCAAAAUGGAAACUAACAUUAACUAUAAAGCAUCUUUCAUAUUUUAGAGUGGAAGCAAAAUUACAUUUACUUGGACUUGUUUGAUGUGGGUUGCAAACUGCUUUUGUGUUUUCAUUUUUGAUAAUUAUGGUACAUGGCAAGUAAACAUUUUGUUGAAUAAACUUCUCACUUUUCUUUACUUUUUGUUGUUGCUUGUACGCUUUCUCUGGUUUGUGCAUUGUAAAUUUGGGAUUCCAACCACCAGUUCAUGGUUCAAGUUUCAAUAGUUUGUCUCUUUUUCUUUUUGAUUGUGUUCAUGUUUCUUCAACUACUGGUUUUCUCUUUGACUUUUUUCCCUUCUGCCCCUAAUUUUUUUUGCAAGUAAAAGGGAAGGUUCCGCUGCUGUUUAUUAUGACCAAGUUUUUUUUGUUAUUAAAUGUUUCCAUGUUGACAAUAUUUUCUAUGUUAUUCAAGUCAAUAAGCUAAUAAUUUGACACCAGUAAUUAUGUAUACAUCAAUUUUUCAGUAUUCUUGUGAUUACUAUUAUGGUCUUUGUGGGUAUUCUGUGUUUUGUGCUAGUACUUAUGCUUGACUUCAAUUACAUAAAUAGAAUAAAAGUUUUCAAUGGGACUUUCCACUCUUAUUUGUUCAAUGAUCUGUAUUUAUGGCAUGAGUCAUAUUCUUAUGAAUUUGCUGCAAUUUGAAUGACACUUUUAUCAUAUUUGUUGAUUUGCCGGAGUGUGAACUAUUCAAAACUGAAGAGGUUGUUUGCUAACGAGAUUCUACAAAACAAGUUUGAGGUGUCCUUGUUUCUUUGAGUUGCUAGGACUUUCAAACUCCCACCUAACACUGCCUUUGCUUUCCCGAGCAGAUAUACGGAAAACCAAGGUUUGAGGUGUCUCAUUUUUUGAUUCACUCCUAGAUUUAGUCUGAUAUUCUUUUCUCUGGGAAUAUGUAAACAACAGAACCAGUAUACAUCCCUUGUGCAUCUCCCAGGUCCUGUCAUUGCACUGUUUCAGUUCUUUGAAGCUAAGGAUAAGUAUUUUGUAUUUUGUUGACAUCAAAGUUUUAGAGGUUCAAUUUUUAACUAACUGCAUGUACAUUUUUUUCCUUUUCCCUUUAUCCCAUUUGAGCAGUAACUUGUGCUUGAUUUGUGCUAUUUACUUGUUAUUGUAGGCUGAGUUACAGAAUUUUAAUAUUAAGCAUGUGACACAGUUUGAUGCCCUGAAGUUUGAUUGCAGGUUGGAUUUCUCUAUUUGAGAUAUGCUGCUGAUCCAAAGACUUUAUGGAAUUGGUUUGAACCAUAUAUUAAAGAUGAUGAGGAAUUCUCUCCGGGUUCUAAUGGACGGAAGUGUACGAUGGGUGUAUAUGUGCGUGACUUGCUUCUUGGACAGUACUACUUUGAUACCCUUUUUCCCCGCAUUCCAGUUCCUGUACUGCGGCAGAUUGUGUCUAAUCUUGAGAAGGUGAAGCUUCCCACCAAACCUUCUGGUGCAACAGGGGAUUCCGUUCGCCAUGGAUCUGAUGACACUGCACGGCGACCGCCAUCUGUGAAGGCUGCUCUUUCAGUCUCAUUUGGUCAGCGUGCUCCUCAUCGCGCAUCAACCAGGGACUCAUCACCUGUUCGUCGCACAUUACCUCCACCCUCUUAUGAUAGAAUUAGUGAUGACCCUAGAAGAUCACCCAGUAGUCGUCGCAGCCAGAGUCGUGAAUAUUCUGAUAAAGAAUAUUCAGACAGGGACAGAGAUCGGGAUCGGGAUUUGGACCGUGAAAAAGACCGAGAUAGGGAACGUGAUCGGGAUAGGGAAAGAGAUAGGGAACGUGAACGGGAUUUGGACCGUGAAAGAGAUCGAGAGAGGGACCGUGAUCGGGAGAGGGAACGGGAAAGAGAUCGGUACAGGGACCUUGACCGAGAUCGGGGUCGAGACAGGGACAGAGAGCGAAAAUAUGAUUAUGAUCGUAGGUCCAGGUAUUCUGAGAGAGAAAGCAGAAGGGACUAUGAAAGGAGUAGUCGUGAAGGAAGUAGGCACCAUAGAGAAAGCAGCUCUCGCAGAAGUCACAGCCGAAGCAGGAGUCGCAGCCGAAGCAGAAGCCGAAGUUUGCAAACUGGUGUGGCAUCAUUUGAUCGUCUUUCUAGUCCAUAUAAGGAUGUAAGCAAGGAGAAGACGUCUGCAUCUAGCAAUUUGGCAAAGCUCAAGGAUUUGUAUGGUGACUUAGGUGAUCAGAAAGGGGAUGCUGCUCUGGAAAGAGUACCUCGAAGGGAUAAUGGUGGUGAAGAGGUUAUUAGGCUUGGUGGUUCUACUUGGAAAUAGUUAUACAAUAGAUGAUUGUGCACUUCAGUCAGAUGUAUCAUUUGGGUUUUCAAGCUGACUAACUUAAUGGUUCAAAUAAAAAAAAACAAUCACUUUCAUGAGCUUUUUAUUCUCUGUAGGCAUAGUAACAUAUGAAUGCUGGAUGAUAUUGAUACUGUCACGUGCAAUUUGCCAUUUCCAUCCCUUACAUUCUGUUUAAUGCUUCAUGGAAGACAACUAUUGUAGAGAACUUCAGACAUGUUGCUAGUCUAGUGGUUGUGUUGAGAGAUUCCUAUUUGGUCAUUCUUAAUCUAUUUAUUUUUCUUUC